UCGCGCGCCAUGUGCUUGCGCGUGUGUGUAUCUAUACCAACCUCCGGUGCCGGUCAGGGGCUGAAGAAGUUCUGCUAGAGUGAAGAUGGAUUCAGGAGGGCAGCCACUGGCUCAGCAAAAGUCAGUUAUCACUGUCGGCUACCCAGCCAAGAAACGCGUGUCGGCUAAAUACGGAGUGGGGACGUUUGCAUACAAGACAGCUACUGAACGCAUGCCUCGCAUCUUGGGGAGCGUGGUAGACUCACUCAACAAACUUGAGGCAUCUGUUAGGGAGCGGCACCAGAAGGCUGGGGUGGAGGAGCUCAAGGCAAUCAUUGGAAAAGUGUCGGAGCUACGCUACCAGAUGCAGACAGACAAGCCCAUGGAGCCCAUUUCUUGUGGGCCAGAUGUCACGCAGUGGAACAGUGUGUUUGCAGUGUACAGGAAGGAGCUGGGCGGAGCAGAACCAACGUGGUUCUCCGUGUCCUGGCUGUUCGCAGAGUGUUUCAUGUACCGCAAGAUUGCAGACGUGAUUCAGAGCAGCUCGCUGCUGAAGGACGUGGACCCUUUUGCCAGUCAGAAGCAAGAGUCAUUCAGAGCAGUCCUACCACAGCUAAAGUCUCUGGCUCGCUUUGUUCUGGAGCUACUCAACAAACCACACAAAGACACUCACAUGGAAUUUCAACACCUUUUGCUGCCCAAAACCGAUGGAUCUCCUCGAAGAAUGGACUUUGUUCUGGACAAUAUGGGUCUGGAGCUAGUGUCUGAUCUCUGUUUGGCGGAAUGGUUGCUAACUGCUGGAAUGGCUGACACUAUCCACCUCCAUUUCAAGCAGCUGCCUUGGUUUGUGUCGGAUGCCCUCAAGUCAGAUCUCCACUGGACACUCAAGCAGAUUGAGUGUAGUGAGGACACUGCCCUCACUCAGCUGGGAGCUCGCUGGCAGGACCGGAUCAAAGCAGGCUCAUUUGUCCUCAAGGACCACUACUUUUGGACCACCUCCUUUGAAUAUGCAGCCAUGGAGAAGGUGGCCCCUGCUCUCUACUCCGACCUGGCUCAGGCAUUCCUCGUCUUCUUCAAAGGAGACCUCAACUAUCGCAAGCUCCUGGCGGAUCGUAACUGGCUGUACACUGAGAAGUUCAGUAUGGCCCUCGGUGGCUUUGAGCCCACAAACGCACAGGAGUACAUCAACUACAUACUAGCACACCAGGCAGCAGAUGGAUGGCUGGGGCCUACUGACAGAGCUGAUGGUAACUGCUACUGGUCCAAGUUCCCUCUGCUUUUGGCACUGAGACAGUACUAUGAGGCAAACACAAGUGACACACGUGUAAUUCCUGCAAUGCUUCGGUUCCUCGAUGCAACUCAUAAGCUGUUGUUCACGAUUCCUCUUGGAAAUGAUACUUGGUCAGCUGCUCGCUGGCAGGAUCUGGUGUUGACAGUUCACUGGCUACUGGAGUUCCACCCUUCUGGCCAGGAGCAGCUUCUCUGGGACCUGGCAGAGCUCCUCCACCAGCAAGGCUUUGACUGGGAGGAGUGGUUUGGUGGUCCAGAUUUCCCCACUGGACCUGUCGUCUCUCUCUCUAUGUUUACUCAUGGAGUCAACAAUGGCCAGGCCAUUAAAUCUGGGGCAGUGUGGUACCGUCAGUCUGGCAAUCACUCUGACUGGGAAUCGUCCUAUGCACGCAUGCAAAAACUGGAUGAGUACCACGGCCAGGCAUCUGGAGUGUUUGGAUGUGAUGAGCAUCUUGCAGGGAGAAUGCCAUCUCGUGGAACUGAGCUGUGUACUGUGGUGGAGAGCAUGUUUUCCUAUGAGACUCUUUUUGAAAUACAGGGAGACCCCAUAUUUGCUGAGCGAGCUGAGAAGAUUGGCUACAAUGCACUGCCAGCAACCAUCACCCCUGACAUGUGGGCUCACCAGUAUCUCCAGCAAGGCAAUGAAAUGAAUGCUGUUACCUCAGACCAACACAUUUGGUUUAGUGAUGGUCCUAACUCAACUCUGUUUGGUCUGGCUCCAAACUACGGAUGCUGCACUGCAAAUUUCAACCAAGGCUGGCCCAAGUUGGUCCAGCACUUGGUGUAUGCAUACAGCGAUGGCUCUGGACUAGUGGUGGCAAUGUAUGGUCCAGCACAUAUCCAGCACACACUUCCAUCUGGUCAGCCAGUAACAAUGGACAUUACCACUGACUACCCAUUCAGCCAAACUGUUGUGGUUGAUGUGAGGACUACUGGGUCCCUAGAUAUCAGUCUGAGGAUCCCCUCCUGGGCCAAGGGAGCCAAUGUACAGGUCAACAGUGACUCUCCUGUUCCUGCCACACCAGGAACUCUGCACCAGGUUAGUAUAGCUGGCCGUACAACAGUCAUUUUGAAGUUGCCAGCAUCCCUUCGUGUUGAGAGGCGGUAUAACAACUCGGCAGCUAUCCACUAUGGCCCCCUCCUCUUUGGCUUGGCAAUGAAAGAGAACUUUAAGGUGUUGGAGAGCUACAAGUUCCAGAGCAAAGACUACCAGAUCACAGCAGGCACUCCAUGGAACUAUGCUCUGAGACUCAGCAAUGACAGCCAGCCGGAGCAGGACCUCAAGGUCUCUUCCAGUGGACUCGAGAUUGGAGUCCCUCCAUUCUCACUCCGAGGAGCUCCCAUUGCCAUCUCUGCUGCAGGAAGACAGCUUGACUCCUGGCAGGAAACUCUGAAUGCAGCACCACCUCCUCUGCAUUCACCCAUAAAAACGUCUGCUCCUCUCCAGCAACUGACCUUAUUGCCGUUUGGAGCCACUGAGCUCAGGAUUGCCGAGAUCCCUACUACUCUCUCUUAAUAACUCUCUUAUUGUUGCUAUUGUGUAUCCCUACUACAUUUAGUAUUACGUCAUGAUUUACUACUAAAAAGUUUGUAACUGCAUACGGGUAGUUUGAUGUGCUGGGAGAGUUCAAAAGGGUGGUAUGUACUAUAGCAAUGAGUAUGGUUUAUGUUGGAGUCCCUCUAGAGCAUGAACAGCAGAUCCGUUGUCUUCUCACCAGUGCCACUGUAGAAGUGGCCAAAAGUGCUAGUUUGAGGCUUGUGGUAGACCACUUGGCCUGGCCAGAAGAGAUUUCUCAGGAGCACCGUGUCGCCACCCUGCUCCUUUGUCACACUCCAACACCCUGGAGGCUGAUCUUUGUCAACGGUAUCCUGAUAGAGAAAGAGCUUGUGGAUGUCAUUGUUGACAGAGGAGGACUGAGGAGGUGAAAAGUGUAGGUAAUAACUGCAGCGACUAGCCUCUGCCAGGGAAAGCCCGUGGAAGGAUUUGUUACGUACAACAGCUCCAUCAUGUGUUUGCAUGUAUGCACCCUUGGGUACUGCUGCACUGUCUUGCUGAAUGCUAUACACUACAGCUGCCAGUCGGUCCACCUCCUGAACCUCAACUGUUGUAGUGGUCUCCUGUGCAUUCUCCCCAUCUUCCACUCGUUCUAGCACCUGCUGCUCAUGCACAUGCUCCGGUCUGCCCGUAAAACGGCCUUGCAAUUGGGCACACUUGUCUCUGAGACUGCGGUCAGCCUGAGGCAGCUGGGACCACUGCUUACAGUCUUGGCUGUAGAGGUACUUCCUGUCUCCCAACUCAUCUCGACCAAGGCCGACUGCUAUGAAGUAGUCAGCGCUAACUCCAUGAAUCACUCCCCACAGCUGGACCUGCUGGAACUUGCACUUUUUCCGGAGAAUAACUAGAGAAGACUGGAGCUGGGUUCUCUGCUCCACACUGAGAACCACUCCACAGCAGCUCAGAAGCUCCAGGUCGCCGCUCAGACCCUCGGCAUCCAUUGUAGUUGACU